AGCAAAUGUGUUCGUUAUAAGAAAAAGAAUGCUAAUUGCAUCCAUUAUUCUGCAGGUGCUUCCCCUCUCCCAGAAAGAAAAUUUUCAGUAACUUCUUAACAUUUGGGCGAGCUAGGUCCAUAACCCUAUCAGAUGAAGGAAGUGCUGCAGAGGGGCUUAGUAAAUCCAGGUCAGUUCUUGGUGAUCUUACCAAUCAGCUGGGGGCAAGAAGAUACUCUGAGAGAGAAAAAAAUGGAAUCAGGAGUUUUUAAUUUAACAGGUGAGGAACCAAAGCGCGUCCUAGGUGAAAACCAAGUUUCACUUCGCUCAUGCACUGAGAUUAAUUCUUUGAAGGGUAAUGUUGUAUUGAAUAUCUCAAGAGUACCCAGUGAAAACAGGGACCUAAGUGUGCCAGAUUUGAGCAGUGGUUUUGAAAUGGAUUCUGCUGAGGGUCACUGUCUGAAGGGUUCAAAAGUUCAUGGAGAAUACGAGGACAUCAAGACUUUGGAUCUUGAUGGAGGGACUGGUCGCCAGAUUAUUAAUGAAAUGGAUUUCCAUAAUGCGUUGGUAGAUAGUUGUGAGAUUGGUGGUAUUGAGAGUGAUGCUUUCCCAAGUAUGGAUAAAAUAGCUAAUGGAGAUCAUACUGGUCCGGAGUUGAAGGAUCUUGAAAGGGGGAGAGCUGUGAAUUCUGUUGCCAGCGAAGCUGAUGGUCGUUGCAGCAAGUCUGACACGUUGGAGAGCGCUAAUAAAAACUGUCACCCGUUGGAGAAGAAUGCUCUUAAUUUGGUUAGCGCUGAAGCUAAUGAUGAGGUGGGUGACAAUUUUUCUGCUGACACUUCAAGGAUAGUGAGCGAAACUGGUGGUGAUUGCCUCCAUGAGGGUAAGGAUUUUGAUGCUGAUGAAUCCAAACCCAGUCUGGAAUACACUCAAAGUGAGAUCAAUGAGUAUCAAAAUGAUCAGAAUGAUCAUAAUGCUAAUAAUUUGGUCUUGAGUCAGUGUGGUUCUAUUGACUGCACCGUUCUACCUGAGUCUCAGGAGUCUAGAAUAUUUGGAGCAGAAGGAUCCACGGAACUGAAGAAGGGAAAUGAAUGUGCUUAUGUGGGUGUUGGGACAAGCUCAUUGAGAGCUUGCUCUUGUUCUUUUUGCACAAAAGGUAUUGUGGCAUUCAAUUUGCUUUCUGAUUGCUGCUUCAGUUUUAGGCUGGACCAGUAUGGAAAACUGUGAGGAUGCCUAGGUUCAAUGCGAUAAAUAAUAAAACU